GGGGGGGGAGGAGAGAGAGAGAGACAGAGAGGUCCCGUCUGUCUGUCAAACGGAUGAUGCCUGUGCUUGCGUCGACUUUUUGACGGACUGAUGCUAGCGCGACAAGGAGUCCAGUCCCAACGUCUUUCGUGCCCUCGGCUGCUAAUGUCGAUAUGCUUGCUUGCUUGCUUGCACUGCCGCUCGUACAGUACAGCAGUUUGUAGGAGUAGCUGGUACCCGGAUAAGCGAGUUGUUACUCGUACUCGUUCUUUGUCCCAAGUCUUGCAAGUGUCCCGUCGACUCGGCAAACACUACAGACGAAGAGGAGGACAAACAAGGCCCAGGACGGCACGCGACGAGUACAUGGGCAUGGAGAUGGGGUACAUGAAUGAUGGAGAAGAAAUCAAAGUGAUGCUGGAUGGGGAAGGAGCAUGUAUCAUGUAAAAGUGAUUGAUGCGCGCGGGCGUGCGAAGGGGAAAGACACACGACGACGGGAUGCUGGGUGGUUGUGACGGGGACCUGGAUCGCUUUCUCGUGCAGGGCCGACUCGACUACGC